AUGAAUUCACCGAGCGCUGCUCAGGUAUUCCUUCCUUACAUCCGCAUCAGCUAUCCAAUUGUCCUGCUGGUUGUUUUCUUCGUCGUGUUUAUCGUUCACUCCGCACAUAUUGCCAAAGAUGCUGGCGGGCACAGCGGUUCGGUGCAGUAUGGCCCCAAUGGGAAACCAUUGCCAAAGCGCACUCGGGUCAUGAUGAUGGUAUCCAGAGACUUUGCAGCAGAGCUGGCAAAAAAUAGAUCUAGGACUCUGUUUUUGUGGUUAGCAUUAUUCCUUUUGACCACAUACAUUGCAGAGGCGGCAAUCUAUAUGCUACAUGUCAUGCUCGCCCAGUCGCAGCAAUGGUGGUGCGGUCAGGCCGUGGUGAUAUUCGUUGUGGGCUCCUUUUUCGCGCACUCGGUGGUUCUGAUUUCUUUACUUGAUAUGGAUCCUUCUCCCAACGUUGCGCAAUUUGUCCCCUGGUGUUUGGCCCUGCCCGUGGAGCUGGCUAUCCUAGCUACUUCGAUCUCGACCUAUACCAAUGUCCACCAUGAGCCCACAGUUGGUGAUUCCUUUGGAGGACCUCUGCGUACAAGGUUGACUAUAUGGGAAACGCUGGAGAUCACUGUCGGGGCCGCUCGAGUUCUAAUCCUCACGCUACUGGUCGUAUGCUACAUCGUCAAAAUUGUGGUUCCAACACGUCGUGUUCGAAGAGAGAUCGAAGGGGUCAAUUCAGAGGAAACAGCUGAUCUGCUGGAUUCCACGCAGGAUCCCAGUUCAGAAGAUAGUGACAGCCCAACCGACGCUGAACAGACUUUUCCAGAGCCGUGGACAAGGCCACUCAAGACCCCAACUACCAACUGGUGGGAGUAUCUCAGUGGCUACUCACUUUUCUUUCCUUAUAUCUGGCCAUCCAAGUCCCGUAGGCUGCAGAUUAUCGCCAUUUUUUGUUUCUUUCUAUUGGUCUUACAGCGAGUGGUGAAUCUCCUUGUGCCGUACCAGGUCGGGGUAAUUACAGAUUCGCUAUCCAUAAGGGAAGGACAGCUGCGUGUUCCGUGGACACACAUAUGCCUGUAUAUCUUCUAUCGGUGGCUCCAGGGUAGCCAAGGUUUGAUCGAGUCGGUCCGUUCGAAUCUGUGGAUCUCCAUCAGCCAGUACGCCUAUGCGGAGUUAUCGACCGCUUCAUUUGAACAUGUACAUCGCCUAGGUCUAGAUUUCCACGUGAACAAGAAGAUGGGCGAGGUGCUUUCCGCUCUCACCAAGGGCAAUUCCAUCAAUACUUUCCUUGAGCAAGUGACCUUUCAGGUCCUGCCCAUGUUCAUUGACCUGGCUAUUGCCAUUGGCUACUUCCUCGUGUUCUUUGAUGCUUAUUACGCUCUAACGAUCACCAUCAUGACAUUCUUUUAUUUAUAUAUGACUAUUAAGAUUGCUUCCUGGAGAGCAGAUAUGCGGCGACAGAUGGUCAACGCUUCGAGACAGGAAGAUGCUGUCAAAAACGAUUCCCUCAUAUCGUACGAAACAGUUAAAUACUUCAACGCGGAAGAAUAUGAGUUCAACCGCUACCGGGGCGCAGUCAACAACUAUCUAGAGGCUGAAUACCACUCCCUCUUUGCGCAGAAUCUGAUGAAUAUAUGCCAAAACACAAUAUUCAUGCUCGGUCUUCUGGUUACUUGUUUCAUCGCCACAUAUCAAGUAGCUCGCGGCGAGCGUCCUGUUGGCCAAUUCGUCACUCUCCUAUCAUACAUGACGCAGCUUCAAGCCCCAUUGAACAUCUUCGGAACUUUCUAUCGGUAUAUUCAGUCUGCAUUGAUCAAUGCAGAACGUCUACUCGAACUUUUCCGCGUCCAGCCAUCCAUAGUUGAUAAGCCGUCUGCUGUGCCAUUGUCCGUUUGUCAGGGAAACAUCAGGUUCCAAAACGUGCAUUUUUCAUACGAUGCGCGGAGACCUGCCCUUAACGGACUGACGUUUAACUGUCCACCGGGUUCGACGACUGCCUUUGUGGGCGAAUCUGGAGCUGGCAAAUCGACUCUCUUCCGCUUGCUCUACAGGUUCUAUAAUCCAACUGAAGGAGAGAUUUUCGUCGAUGAACACAACACUGAAGAUGUGACUAUUGAUUCGGUACGGAGACAUAUUGGAGUUGUUCCGCAGGAUACUGUUCUCUUCAACGAGACUCUCAUGUACAACCUCAAAUACGCCAACCAACACGCCACAGAUGAGGAAGUAUAUGACGCAUGCCGCGCAGCUAGCAUACAUGAUAAAAUCAUGUCUUUUCCCGACGGUUACGAGACUAAGGUUGGAGAUCGUGGCUUGCGAUUAAGUGGUGGAGAGAAACAGCGCGUUGCUAUUGCCCGAACUAUCUUGAAAAACCCCCAAAUAAUCUUAUUAGAUGAGGCAACAGCAGCACUGGACACAGAAACAGAACAGCACAUUCAGCAUGCCUUGUCUGUACUCUCGGAAGGUCGAACGGUGUUGAUCAUCGCUCACAGACUGAGCACCAUCAUCGCUAGUGACAACAUUAUCGUCUUGCAUGAUGGUCGAGUAGCAGAAAGUGGGACUCAUAAUGACUUGUUAGCUGCUGGCGGUCGUUAUUCGGCCAUGUGGCAGAAGCAGGCUCGAGCGCAGAGAGAAGCUGCACUUGCGGACUCUAGUAGUCACAGAGAUUAA